AUGGCUAUGAUUGAAACAUAUCAAGUCCAAGACCACGAGACGCUUGCUAGCUUGUGGGAGAAGCAAAUGUACUGGGUGCCGGCCUACUUCAUGCAGUGCUUCUUCCCAUUUCUGCAGACUACACAGCGCAGUGAGGGGUUCAAUGCUGUUUUGAAGUGGUACGUGAGCCCUGGCAACUCAUUGCUACAGUUUGCCAAGCAGUACACCGCUUUGCAACAAAAAAUACUGGGAUCCGAGCUACAGCAAGAAGCAAACACCGCGCUCAAGCAGCCAAAAUUGCUAACGUAUUUACCAAUGGAGAGGCAGAUGAGCAAGAUAUACACCAACACGAUUUUUAACAAAUUCCAGGAAGAAAUAAAGCGUGCCAGCAUGUACACGGCUUUCCAGAUGGACGAACAUACGUUCAAGGUGUGUUCUAUCAUGGGCAUGUCGGAUUCAGAACCUGAAGACCUAGACAAGGGAAGGAACUACUUUGUGAAGGCAUUGAUAAGCGAAGGCGAAUACUACUGCCAAUGCUGCAAAUUCGAACGAGACGGGAUUGUGUGCUGUCACAUUCUAAAAGUAAUGGACUUGAACGCGGUGACACGAAUGCCCCGCCAUUUCAUAAGGCGGCGAUGGACUUGGGACGCUGACGACACAUUGGCGCCGCAAACAUCAAACGCAGUUUUGGCCGUGCAUGACGAGAGACCAGAGUCAACCAUGGAAGACGUGAGGCACGUUGUGUUGACAAAGAACUAUGCUGAACUAAUUGAUGAAGCGUGCAAGAAUGAUGAGACAGCAAAGGUCACAGAAAAACAUAGGAAGGCCCUCAAAAGAGAGCUUGAUGAGAUCAAGAAGAGGAAAGCUGAGGAAGCCUUACACAGGUUCCCCCGCACAUCAAGUGUGCCUUCGUCCAUAGGGCCAUCAUCUGAAAACUCGGAGGUAGGAUCUGGAACAGCAAGCACACAAACACAGGUUAGGAACCCGCCCCGUUCCAUCACAAAAGGGCGUCCAAAAGAGAUAAGAUACAAAUCGGGAUUGGAGAUUCAAGCAAAACAUAAGAAACCAAAGAAAGGGACGGGCAAUCCGUAA